AUGCGUAUCUGGGGGAGUGACAGAACAUGUUGGGAGUCUAUAAGUUCUAUUGGGGCUUCAGGAGGGUUAUUGCUAAUGAGGGAUGAAGCGGCUUUUAAAUUGUAUAACUGCUAUAAAGGGGAUAGAUGGAUGAUUGUGUCAGGUGCCGCGCUGUGUUUUGGGGGGGAUUUUAAUGAAAUUUUGCAUUUAGAAGAAAGGAAAGGAGUGACUACAUUAUCAGCGUCUGCGGCAGAGUUUAGGACAUGGAUAAAUGAUAUGGAGUUGAUUGAUUUGCCACUGAAUGACCGAACGUAUACAUGGUUUAGAGGACAGUUGUGCAGUCGUAUCGAUAGGAGUCUAGUCUCCUUGGAGUGGCUUGAUGUGUACCCGGAGACGCGUCUAAGGAGUGGCCCGAGAGGUUUAUCGGAUCACUGCCCUUUGGUUAUGGAAGACAGCAGAAGAAUUGAGGGUCCAAGACCGUUCCGUAGCUUGAACUCGUGGUUCACGCAUGAAGGGUUCUUGAGAAUGGUGAAGGAAGAAUGGAGAGAACUAGGCGACGUCCAAUUCUUACAGAAAAUGAAAGCACUGUUAGAACCACUACGUAGAUGGCAUAAGCAGCAUUUUGAGGAUAUGGCUGAGAGGAUUAAGAAGCUUGAGGAAGAAAUUAGAAAAGUGGAUGAUAUGGUUAGUAGCGGACGGUAUGAUGGCACAACAGAUGCUAGGAGAAGGGCAUUAGUGAGGUGUUGCGAAAAGUGGUAUCUAAGACAAGAGAUGCAUUGGAAGCAAAUGUCAAGAUCUCAGCACGCCAAUGAGAUAGAUCGGAACACAAGGUACUUCCAUAAUAUAACUUCGGCGAGAAGAAGGAAUAACAGGAUUGAGUCGUUAGUGCUUAAUGGGAGGCUAGUAAGGAAUCAAGCAAGAAUCAAGAUUGCGGUUCGAGACUUUUACAAAUGCCUGUACCACCAGGAAGCGUCCCCAAGGGUGACCUUUAGGGAUGGAUUAGUUAAUCGUUUAGAGAGGGAGGAAGCGGAAACCUUAGAGGCGCUACCAUCAGUAGAGGAAGUGAAGAAGGCAGUUUGGGAUUGUGAAUCUUCUAAGUCUCCAGGGAGUGAUGGAUACAACAUGUAUUUUAUAAAAAGUGCUGGAAUGAGAUUGGAACGGAAUUCACUGCAACUGUGA